UAUAAUGGCAGAGAUGUUGACUGGUAGACCAUUGUUUCCUGGCACAGAUCACAUAGAUCAGUUAACUAGGAUACUAUCACUGGUGGGCACACCAUCUGACAAUCUCUUAGACAAGAUCAGUAGUACUGAGGCUAGGAACUACAUCAAACAGUUACCAAAAUGGGAAAAGAAAGAUUUCCGAACAGUUUUUCAAGGUGCAAAUCCUAAUGCAAUAGAUUUACUGGAGAGAAUGUUGGAUUUAGAUGCUGAUACACGUAUCACAGCAGAGCAGGCCCUCGCACAUCCUUACCUCAAACAGUACGCUGAUCCCACUGAUGAACCUACAGCCAAUAAAUAUGAUCAAACUUUUGAAGAUUUGGAAUACAGUAUACCAGAGUGGAGAAAGUUAGUCUAUGAUGAGGUGAUGACGUUUAGGCCAGCAGAUGAAAAUGAUCAAGCAAUGGAAUAAUAUGACACUUAUAUCAAUAUAUAUAUUAACAAAACAUACCCCACCCACCCAUACCAAGUAUCAAAUUCAUGAUCAUGUUAUAGAUGUAGAAGCAGCAGCAUGGAUACUCAAGUUACACAUCUCUAACACUUUAUUUCGUCCGCAUGUUUAAGAGAUUUAAACUUUAAACAAUUAAAAACAUAUUUUGUUAUUGAUGCUGUUAGAUGUUGUAUCUGUUUUAAUUGAAUACUUUUCUCAUAAUUGUGCUUAAAAAGUAUUCCUUUGUAAAAAGUUUACAGCUUAAGAUAAUUCUUAAAUAUAGCAUGUAUUGAUGUUUUUGUUUUUAUUACAAGAAAAAAACACCUGGAAAAAGUAAAUUAUUUUUAUAGUUUGUUUAGAAGCAAAACGUUAUAUAUUUUCUUUGCUUACUAUUUUUGUUAUCAAUUUGGAAGCAAUAAAUAUAUCUUGUUAUUUUAUGCCCAUUAAAGGAAGUAUAUAUCAUAGUAAUUGAACCGUUGAUCUAUAUUCCUACACUGUACACACAGUUCAGGUGAAAUGUUUUACGGAGGCCUGACUUUUAUAAAGCACAACUUGAAUAAACCAUUUCAGACUUUACCCACUUAGCAAGCCAAAUUUAUGGUCUUGUCAAGUUACGUAACUGCAACAUCCAUUUUUUUCAGUCGUCCCCCUUUUUUACACUUUGUAAACAAAUAUGGUUAAACUAUUUUAGCAUGUUGGUAUAUAUUAACAUUCAACUACAAUACUGUGACAUAAUAUGUCAAUGACUUAGGUUAUUAAGAAUUCUUCCAUUUCUGAAUUUAAAGAAUAAGAGUUAUCCAUUUGUUUUAA